UUAUACAGUCGGUGUAUAUGAAUGUUGGCUGGAUUAGCUAUAAAAAGUCAAGUAGAGCAUGCAAAUACAUAACUGCAACCAAUACAAGCUAUACAGCUUAUUGCAUGCACGCUGCAGACAUCAUGAAGCUCUUUCUAUUGCUGAAACUAGGUUUCACUCUGGUGUGCCUAACCUUUGCUCAGGAUCCAUUACCUGACUCCAAUCCUGAAAUGCUCUCAUGUCAAGAACUUAAGGAUGAGCGCCCUCACAUACUGUGCAAUAGCACUGAUGGCACUUUGUUCCUGGCCAGACAGUGUAACCUGGGUGUGUGUCGAUGUGUUGAUCCCAUCUCUGGAGAUUUGGUAGGGAGUGGUAUCUUCUUUGAUGAAGAAGACCUUUUUAUUGACUGCAUUGAAGUGUUUCCCAUGGAACCCACAUCACCACCAUCAAUGACAACUGCUUCAACGACAACUGCACAACCUGAGGUGACUGAUGCUCCCACCACUGAGACCCAACCCACUGACACAUCCACAGACCCUGAGACUCAACCCACGGACACACCCACAGAUCCUGAGACUCAACCCACGGAUACACCCACAGAAGCACCCACAGCUACCGACCCUGAGACCACACCCACUGAUCCUGAGACAACUGCAGUGACAGUAGAAGAGCCAACUGAGGAAGAGAGUGAUACAAGUCGAUCCACUGGUACAUCUGGGACGACACGAUCUUCUGGUUCCAGUAGGUCUUCCAGAACAUCUGGAACAAGUCGCACAUCUGGAACAAGUCGCUCAUCUGGAACAAGUCGCUCAUCUGGAACAAGUCGCUCAUCUGGAACAAAUCGUUCAUCUGAAACAAGUCGGUCUUCUGGAAGUUCUGGUUCAAGUCAAUCCUCCAGUUCAGAUUCUAGCGACACAAGUUCUUCCACUGAGACGAGUUUCUCUGGUAGCAAAUCGAGGAGCAAGUGUGUGACUGUGCAGAGGCUUCUGGAGAAAGGCUGUCCUGAGGAGUGUCUAGUAGAAGAUGAUGACGGGUGUCCAGCCUGCAACAGAACAUGCUAUGAUGAAUUUGAUGAACUGGAGUUCUCAGAAGACCCUUGUAAUUGCAGUGAUGACCAGGUGUGUCUGAAAGUGGGGAGAUUUGGACUGAGAUCUUGUGUAGACGCCCUUGCUGAGGGUGAAAGGUGUGAUGGAGAGAUUGCCGGGGAAGAUGAAGAUGAAGAUGACUCAGAGGACUCGAGUGAGGCCUCCACUGGGAGGAAGAGAGGCAAGCAAAGAGCCAGGGGGCGAAUCACUGGUGCCAACGAUCGUCGUAUCUUUGGUCAGCUGAAGGAGGCCAUGCCCCCUUGUGGGGAGGGACUGGUGUGUAGCCGAGUGGCCCUGGGUAGGAGAGAGUGUCGUCCAGAGAAUUCUGCCGGUGUGUGUGUUGUGGCCCGUGAACAGGGCUCAGUGUUGGACUGUGCCACUGACGGCAGUUUUGAGGCUCUUCAGUGCCGAGAGGAAGGGGCUGAGCUUGUGUGUCGCUGUGUCCGCCCCGAUACGGGUAUGGCCAUCACGGGUACAGAAGUAACAGUGAUGGACAUUGUGGACGCUCCUGACUGUGAGAGUAGAGUGUUUGAGGGCUGCAGUGUGGAGGUUGUAGGGGAGACAUUCACAGCUACUCAUGGAGAGUACUUAUUCGAUAUUGUCAGCUGUACCAGGUGUCUCUGUGACAACGGACAAGCCACACUCUGUGAACCGUCAGUAUGCAGGGCUCUCAGUGCCACACCUACUUCCUGUCGGUACCAGGGACUGGAGUACACUCACGGAGACCAGUUUACGGAGGGCUGCAACAGGUGUGGAUGUCGUAAUGGGAGGAUCCAGUGCACACACAUUCGCUGUGCCGAAGCACCCAUCGGAGACACCUGCUCGUCAUGUGACCAGUUUCCCCUCUCUCCCAUGUGUGCUCCCAACGGAAAGACGUAUCAAACCGAGUGUCAUGCUAUAUAUUGCGGUGGCUACCCACCAUUUGAUCUUGUGGAGGGAUCUUGCGCUGAUUAUGACAUUUGCGAGCAGUUUCAAUGCCCUGAGGGGGAGAGGUGCAUCAAAAGGGGUGGAGUGUCAUGUCUGGACCCUGACGGUUGCCAGCCCGAUGAAUUGAGAUUGUGUGUGGACCUUGACACGCUACAGUGUGAUGUUUCUGAGGAUCCGGAAUCACCAGGAGCUGCUGAGAGCCCAGAAGAAGAUGAUGAGAACACAAUUUUGUGCGGGACUAACGGAGAGACGUACUCCAGUCUCUGUGAGCUCCUACAGGAUACUGGCAAUGAGGGCGUGGCUUAUGCUGGGUCAUGUGAUAGGGAGGAGUGUGAUGGAGGAGAGGUGUGCGGUACUGAUGGUGUGACCUACGACAACAUCUGCGUCCUGCGGAGUCAGUCUGGGAAUGCUCGUCUAGACUACGCUGGGGGUUGUGCUGUGGACGAAGGUGACCCCACCCAGACCCCCCAGGGAGUCUGUGAGAGGGUGAGCAGGGUUAGGCGAUGCAUCUACAACGUCUCCAACUGCAGACGUCUUGUACGACCAGAGGAGGGUUGCUGUGCCCUCUGCGGUGGUAUUGUUCUUGUGGCAAUAGAUUUCAGAGGUCUUGGAGAGUUCGUGAAACUGAAUCCAAGAGUGCGCACUAUUGACGAUUUUGUCGAGUUGCUGAUUGAUGCUAACUUCAUUUCAGUAGAGACGGUCGAGCGUUGUGAGGUGGGUGUGUCUUUCACAUCCUCUGAAAACCUGGAGAUCACGUUGGAGGGGGUGGGACCUGACGAUGACGUGUUUUGUGGGGAAGCAAGCAUGAAUUUGGCUUCGUUAAUUAAUAAUCCCCCUGACGAGGACUUGGCACGCCCUCAAGUGCUCCAGUUUGCAGGAGCAGCUAUCUCCGCCCCGGCCGUGUUUGAAGAGAUACUCAGGCCUAGCAAUGGUGGACAAACUUUGGCUAGUGUAACAUCUCUCAUUGUUUUGUGUGUCACUGCCAUACUUGCACUGUUUUUGUAAGUCUAAUAAUUAUUAAGGAGGUUUCUUGCUUUCUAUAAAAAUGUUUUUUA